CGGCAGGAUGCAUAUAUGCUACAUGAUAGGACUUGGGAGAUUCGGCAUCUUUCAGUGCCAGUGGCUGCAUCCAAGCGUGGGUGGACGGCAUCUUGUGGAAACCAUGCAGUCCAGAUCCUUAUCAUGACGGGAAUGCAGUGUAGUGUGUGGUGUACCGCUGAUGAUUGUAUACGAUCAGGUUCUUCUUCUCCUUCGUCUGCUUUGUCUUAAAUCGAGCUCUCUACGUCGGGAGAGAACAGCUGGACCAAUCUUUGAUUUCAUCCACCGUUCUGCGGACAUGGAAAAGACGGCUCUUUUUGACCGUGAAUGCAAAGGCCCGGUCGUCAUCGAUAUCAAGGACGAUCUUUCCCCGACCAAGAAAUUACCAGUCAGCUUUGUCCCUGAGAAGCAAAUCUCGGCCGGUGGGUUCAGAGGAAAUGACCUGUAUCUCUCUUCGGUGUUCCAGUCGUUUCGACCUUCUGCAAGGUUGGGGGAGAUGAAAACUGGCUUUACCCACACCAUGGCAUGGAUUCGACGUGAUGGUCAGAAGCGCUCUGAAACGUCUCACAUCAUAAGCUCUUUGGCUUUGUUUCUGUCGGCCGUGGAGGCUGUCCAGUCUCUGCCUAUCACAGAUGAUACCUUUACUGGUGAGGUUCAACUUACAUGUUUCCCGAACCGGGAACAUGCAAGCAACACAGAGGAAAUGCUCCACCCCUUAAAGAAGGCCCUCCGGGCCCUCUGCCAUGCUGAAGUCCAACUCUUCGUUGUCACGCUGAGCGGGCCGGUGGCCCAGAGUAUCUGCGGCAUCAUGACCAUUGAAAAUUUUUGGGAAUGGGCGAUGAUCACCCAAUUCGCCCUGGCGUUUGCCUUCAUUGUGCUCGCCAGACUAUUUCGCGAGAUCCCAAGCACACCGCCUCGCAGCCACCGGGAUAUCUGGGCGAAUACCCUGUUGCGGCAGGGUAUCCAGUAUGGGCAAAUCCAGUCGAGCACGCACGCUCCAGCAGACGAUUCUGCUCAUCGUGAAAGUUUCUCAAUCCAUUGUCUUACCGACCCUGCAAGCCGUCAGAGGUUUCACGUCGGUGUUGAUCAUGGGGACGAGGGCGUAAUCGUGCUGAGUUCCCCGUCAUUCCAAGAAUCAAAACAGACAGUGCCGGCGGACGUAACAAGAGCCACCGCCGGGUUCAAGGUCACCUAUAGGACUAGAAUGAAGUAUCGAAUGAGCCCCUCGUAUGAGAAGAUGAUAGUGGACCGAUUGGUCAAGGCCUGGAUGGGGCGAGCUGUUAGGGGUGUAUCACUGGCUCUUGUUGGGUUUGAGGAAGAUGGGCAUGAUACCAAUUUAUAUUUCCGAGAAACCGACCAUGUUGAGGGAACAGUUGAACAAAAUAAAGAGCUUAACAAAUGA